AUGCACGACGAUAUUUACAACCGCAGAGAUCGUUACAGGCCACCCGGAGACCCUCAGAGCACUUGUCAAAUUCAACGGGCACAUCAACGCUUGAGUGGAGAAUAUUCAGAUCAUGGAAGAAAAGUGGUGGUCAAUUACCCUGGCGAUCUGGCCAAUACCCAGUUGUUGUUGGAGCCACCCAGUGACGAGACAAUUGAAGAACAGGAGACCGAUUGCGGCUCAGACAAGCUAACAGAUGAAAUCAAUCUGGAUGAAAUUGAAUGGGACGACCGGUCCGAUCUGGAUAUCAAUGCAGCUCCCUAUCAGUUUGACCUUGAAGAAAGUUUGACCUCUGAGGCUGUUCCAGAGGGUUCUGUUGACCAUACCUGUCCUGAAACCGAUUGGACGCAACAACAUGACCCAAAUUUUGAUCUAAAAAACUACAGCGCCGACGAUGUAGACUGCUGGACUAGGACUCUGUCAGCAGAUGAAUUCAAGCACCUUCACAUCAUGGGACCUGAUGCUAGAACCGAAUCUUUCCGGCAAUAUGCUAUCUCCAACCUCAAUCAACCAACUCAGACCCUUACUCAACAAAGCUCAUCAACCCAUGAACACUUUGAACACCCGGUUUCUACAUCUAAUGGCUGCCAGGACUACAGCAAUUACCACCACCACCAGCCUGACGACAUCGGCAGCAACAAUUUUGACCAACAGCAGCUUGCAUCUCCAGAUGAUGAGUCAAGAUCUAUGUUCUACAAUCACUCAGACGACUGCAACUCUCAUUUAGAGGCUUUUGACGACAAUGGUUUUGAUGACGGCACUUUUGACGAUGGCGGUUUUGAUUAUGACGGCUUUGACGAUGGCGGUUUUGAUGACGGCGGAUUUGACGACGGUGGAUUUGACGAUGGCGGUUUUGACAAUGGUGGUUUUGAUGAUGGCUAUGGUUCCACUUAUUACUUGUAUGUAGUUAGGACCUCCCUGGCAGGUGUCUUGGAGCCUUGCCGAGGGGACCAGGCAUUCCAACUCGUUCACGUCGAAGGCUUUUUUUCUCGACUUGCCAAAUCAGUCGUUGAGCUUGCCGCGCUCAAUCAGAGCCCACCCGAAGACGCCGACUUGAAUAAAUCUUUCUCGGAGUUUCUUGCCCUCUGUCUAAACAACAAACCGCUCGGCAAGAGGAUCCGAUCGGAGUGGCCCGAAUGUGUGGAUUGGUUAACGGGCAUCUCUCUGGCCACCAGUCCCACCUCGGCCUCGAUUCCUGCCCGUUGUGGAGCAAGUUUGGCGCUGAUGAAGUUUGGGAAAUCAACCGACCAACCAUCCACGGGGUCACCUUCGUCGGAGCAGCUCGUCGAAAUCAUGAUGACGGCCUUCUUGGGAAACAAGAAUCCUCCCAACUCGGUCAUCGAAGGUCUGGCGCUUCUCAGCGAGGAAGAAUCCGCUCGAAAAAUAUUGAGAAAGAGAUCUGAAGAGUUCUUCCAAACCACCCAAUCUCUCUCACAAACUAAUCGGGCUCAAGAGAAUCUCACGUCCGCUCAAUCUAUAGCCUCUGGACUUGCGACCAUUAUCCUCAAUCUUGUAUCUUUCAAGGUGAUUCCAGAUGAAUUACCGAUUGACGAAAGCAGAAAAAAACGUAUGCAAGCCUCCACUUAUUAUACUCCCUGGCACUUGUCUGGGGAUGGUAUAAAUAAUGAACGCGCCGAUAGAAAGCUGUUGGAUUGGCUCAAGCCUACACUCGAGCGUAACUCAGACUUGAUCCAAACCGUCGCCUGGCUUUCGAAGACUGACGACGGAAGCUCGGAACUCAAACAAAUCACAAUCAAAAUCCUAUCGAACCUGGUUGAAUAUGGGGGGGUGGAAUUUCACAACCCUUAUUUUACAACGCUUAUGCAUUGUAAAGGAGGAGGGUUGUAA